AAACUACUUUUGUUGUAUUUCCAGGGUGUCAACUUAUACGUGAAGAACCUUGAUGACGGAAUUGACGAUGAACGCCUGCGAAAGGAGUUUGCACCAUUUGGUACCAUAACCAGUGCUAAGGUCAUGAUGGAGGGCGGGCGCAGCAAAGGUUUCGGCUUUGUCUGCUUCUCUUCCCCAGAGGAGGCCACCAAAGCAGUGACGGAAAUGAACGGACGCAUUGUUGCCACCAAGCCAUUGUAUGUGGCCCUGGCCCAGCGGAAAGAGGAGCGUCAAGCCCACCUCACCAACCAGUACAUGCAGCGCAUGGCCAGUGUGCGUGCAGUGCCAAAUCCAGUCAUCAAUCCCUACCAACCAGCCCCACCCUCUGGGUACUUCAUGGCAGCCAUACCUCAGGCCCAGAACCGUGCUGCUUACUACCCAGCUGCUGGGCAGAUGGCCCAGCUCCGCCCGAGCCCACGCUGGGCCACUCAAGGUGUCCGACCACAGCACUUCCAGAACAUGCCAGGUGCUAUGCGUCCCUCAGCACCACGCCCUCAGACCUUUGGUGCCAUGCGGCCGGCCUCCCAGGUGCCCCGCAUGAUGUCUGCCCAGCGCGUCGCAGCUCAGACCAUGGGCCCCCGACCAGCCACCGCAGCCGCUGCAGCCAGCGCCCCUGUGCGUGGAGUCCCUCAGUACAAAUAUGCCGCAGGAGUCCGCAAUCCCCAGCAGCACAUGCCCACCCAGCCACAAGUCCCCAUGCAGCAGCCUGCUGUUCAUGUUCAGGGACAGGAGCCUCUGACGGCCUCCAUGCUGGCUGCUGCUCCACCACAGGAACAGAAGCAGAUGCUGGGUGAGCGUCUGUUUCCACUGAUCCAGGCCAUGCACCCGAGCCUGGCAGGGAAGAUCACUGGCAUGUUGCUGGAAAUUGACAACUCAGAGCUGCUCCACAUGCUGGAGUCCCCAGAGUCUCUCCGCUCAAAGGUGGAUGAGGCGGUGGCUGUGCUCCAGGCCCACCAGGCAAAGGAGGCUGCUCAGAAGACUGUGACAAAUUCAGCUGGUGUCCCGAGUGUCUAAACAUAAGAGUGGGGAACCUCGAGACUAGCUUCACCGAUGGACAAAAGAAUUUAACAGUGAAAAAAUUGAAAAUACACAAAACAAAGUAAAAAGAAGCGAAAUGAUAUAUUAAAAAAAUACCGAUGGUAACAAGUCUCCAGCCAGGCCUAUAAUGAACAGAAACAGCAGGCCUGAUUUGCUGAGUUAAAAAGAAAAAAACACACAAAAAAAGAGAAAAAGUUAAAAUACAAAAUGACCCGUUUGAGGGGUUUUAGAGUUCUGUGACAACAUAAAGUUUGAGCAUUCCUUUUUGCCAUUUUAUCCCUUUUAAAUGUUUGAAUGUUUUGGCUGCAGAAGCCUGUUGUUGUGAAAUUUCCCUUCACCUUGGCUUGCUUGAAUAAAACUUAUAAAAUAA